GGAGCUAGCUCAUGUGGUAGAGCACUCCGCUCUGAUCUCUGAGGUCAGGUGUUGGAUCCUUACCCCCAACAUUAUGUUGGGGUAUUUCCUUAGCAUGCUUUACCAGCCAAUGUGCUGGUAGUUCCUACAAGGCUAGUAGCCUUGGUAGGGGUUAGCCCUUGGGUUGGCUUAAUUUCCCAAUAAAAAAAAAUAAUCUAAAACCUAACUACUUGUUUCUGGGUCCUACUAUAUAUACUGUUUACUCAUUGUACUUGCAAAGUUAAAAACAUGGCUCCAUUAUAAAAAUGAGGUGAUGAGUAGGGGGUUUUCAAUUUCAUAUUAAAUCCUACUUAUGUGAUUAUAUUCCUUGUCCUUGCUUCAUAUAUCAAAAAACCCAAAUUACUACCGGUCACGAGGUUGAAUUCUUAACCAUGCAACAAAAAUAUCACAAGUACGCUUCUCUUACCAAAAUAGAUAAUCAAGUGCUUCAAAACAAGACCUUGUUGUUUAAUGUAGAAGAGACACUAUUGAAAUCCUUUUCAAUGUUUCCUUACUUCAUGUUGGUGGCUUUUGAAGGUGGAGGGCCACUUAGAGCCCUAGUCUUGCUCAUUGUAUACCCAUUUAUGUGCAUUUUGAAAGAGGAAAUGAGGUUAAAAGCCAUGAUUUUUAUUUGCUUUUUUGGCAUCAAAAAAGCAAGAUUUACUAUAGGGAGAACGGUUUUGCCUAAGUUCUUCUUAGAAAAUGUUGGUGAUGGAAGCCUUGAAGUGGUAAUGAGGUUUGGUAGAAAAGUGGGAGUCACUAAUUUGCCUAGGAUUAUGGUUGAAGGAUUCCUCAUGGAUUACUUGGGUAUUGAAGACAUUGUUGGGAGAGAGAUUAAAGUUUUAGGUGGAUAUUACACCGGUUUGUUGGAUGUGGGUGUAGUAAAUGACGAGCAAGAGAUGAUCUUUGCACAUAUAAUGUCUCAGAGUCAAAAAGUUGGGAUUUGUUGCAUCAACAAAUGUUUCCAGACACCUCCGUUCACCUACUGCAAGGACAUUUAUUAUGUGAGCAAGGAUGAUAAGAAGAGGUGGAACAAUCUUCCAAGAGACAAGUACCCGAAAACCUUGAUAUUUCAUGAUGGUAGACUCGCGUUUAUGCCCACACCAGGAGACACCCUAGUUAUGUUUAUUUGGCUACCAUUUGGGUUUAUCCUAAGCAUCUCAAGAGUACUCAUUACAAUACUAUUACCUUACCAACUAUCCCUUCCAAUCUUAGCUUUUAUUGGACUAAGAUACCCUACAUCAAUGCCUCUUUCUUUAAAACACAUCCAUAUGCAACAUACUACUAGUAGUAUAAAUAAAAUUCCAAAGGGCAUGAUUUAUGUAUGCAAUCACAAAACCGUACUCGACUCUAUCUACAUCUCAUACAUCUGUAGGAUGAAUUGCAGUCUGCUUUUCUAUGGCAUAAGCAAAUUGUCCGCAUUUCUGAGUCCGCUUAACACAAUUGCCUUAACAAGGAAUAGGGAGAAAGAUGCCGCAAUCAUGCACAAAGUGUUGAGACAAGGAAGAAAUAUUGUGAUGUGCCCUGAAGGGACAACAUGUAGAGAGCCUUAUUUACUGAGGUUUAGUCCCUUUUUUGCAGAGAUUAGUGAUGAUAUUAUUCCUGUUGCUCUUCAACUUAAUGUUAGCAUGUUCUAUGGGACAACAGCUAGUGGGAUGAAGGCCUUUGAUCCUUUCUGCUUGAUGAUGAAUCCAUGGCCUUCCUAUUAUGUGCAAUUCCUUGACAAGUUGCCUGAAGCUUGUACUUGUGGGAGUGGUGGGAGAACCAAAUUUGAAGUGGCUAAUUAUGUUCAAGAUGUUAUUGGUAAGGCAUUAGGGUAUAAAUGUACUGCCUUGACAAGAAAAGAUAAGUAUUCAAUAUUGGUGGGAAAUAAUGGACUCGUCAAUUAGGGUUAGAUGGUUUUAUAUUAUUUGCAACAAAUUAAAUUCUGAAAUGAUAACGUGUGCAAAUAAAAUGAGUGGAGGCUCACCAUGUGAUUAUGUUGUGAUUGUGUCAAAAAAUAAUAAAUACUUGUACUAGUCAGGAAAACUUUAUUUAU